CUCACUGACCUCGCUGUUUGGCCUGAUUCCUCAGCUUCGAUAAUUAGAAUGUGGGCGUUACGAAGAGCUUCGGUUCAUCUCAGAAACCGAGAAGUAACAUCUGGAACAACUCAGAUUUUCUGCAUAUCAACAGAUAUAACAAGAUGUAAUUCGGGAAAUCUCAAUUUUAGGAUUAUUGAAUCACUAGGACAUCCAUUGAAUGAGUUAAAAGGCAGGACAGGAUCUUACAACACAUUAUCAGGAACAUUGAAGACAUAUAGCAGAAUCAUUGGUUCACUGCUUAGCACUAAGCCCAUCAAAGGGCAAAAUGAUGAUCGGGACUAUACUUUUACUGACCCUGGAAAGAGUCGUGCUUCUGUUCUUGAAACUGCUCCGGAAGUUGAUGUUGAUGAUAGCUCAAUUUCUGAAUCAGAGUUUGUAGGAGAUGAGACUGUUGAUGAAAAUAUGCAGAAUGAGCUGGAGCACUUAGGCACUGAGAUUGCCAAUGGUGAGAUGAGAUCUCCUGCAACCAAAGCUAUUCCAGCAAUGGCUGCGGCUUUACAUUCCGCGCCUAGCAAACCAAUUGGAAAGUUUAUGAAUGAAUGGGUUGAAAAAGGGAAUGAGGUGACCACAUCAGAAAUAUCUUCAACCAUGAUAUAUCUUCGCAGGCGGAAAAUGUUUUUUAGGGCGCUACAGCUCUUAGAGUGGCUGGAGUCGACAGGGCGCUUUGAACUAACAGAGAGUAGUUAUGCUUCUUGGGUUGACCUGCUUGCCAAAGUAGAUGGUAUACCUGCGGCAGAAAAGUACCUUAAAAAGUUGCCUGAAUCCUGUAAAGGUGAAUUGGUGUACCGCACCUUUUUGGCCAAUUGCGUCUUUCACAACGACCAGAAAAAAGCGGAGGAGGUGUUCAAUAGAAUGAAGGAUUUAUUCCCAAUUUCAGAUUUUGCUUGCAACCAGAUGUUGCUGCUGUACAAGAGGGUCAACCAGAAGAAGAUUACUGAUAUCUUGAACUUGAUGAAGGAAAAUAACAUCAAGACAUCUUCUUUCGCAUACGAGGUUUUGAUCGCCAUUAAAGCGCACUGGAAUGAUAUCAAGGGAAUGGAGCAGCUUUUCGUGACAAUGAAGUCUGAGGGACUGGAACCGAAUUCCCAUAUAAAGUCAAUCAUGGCUAAACGGUACGCCAUUAGGGGCCUGAAUGAUAAAGCUGAGGCCUUGUUAAAAGAGAUAGAGGGAGACGAUCUGACAAAAAAUCGUUGGGCUUCUCCAAUGCUACUUUCCAUCUAUGCCUUACUUGGAAAGGAAGAUGAAGUUGAAAGAAUCUGGAAAAUUUGCGAAUCUAAUCUCCGGCAGGGUGAAUAUCUGGCUGGGAUACAAGCCUGGGGAAAGCUCAAUAGAAUUGAUGCUGCCGAAGAAGUUUUCAACAAAAUGGUGAAGACACUAAAGGUGCCGGCUGCGAAGCAUUACAUGGCAUUACUAGAUGUGUAUGCAAGUCAUAAAAUGUUUGAAAAAGGGAAGGAACUGGUGAAAAGAAUGGCGAACAUUCCGGUUGGAUCGCCAUACUUGUGGCAUGUAUUGGUGAAGCUCUACAUCGGAGGUGGUGAAGUCGAAAAGGCGGAAUCAAUACUUGACAAUGCACUUAGACGGAGGAAAGUGAAGCCGUGGUUCAUUUCUUACAUGACGGUUUUGAAGCAGUAUGCAGAGGAAGGGAAGCUGCACAAUGCAGAGAGAAUGCUUGAUAAGAUUAGGAAAACUGGGUAUUUGAAUCUGGCCCCGGCGUACUGGGUUAUUCUGAAUGCGUAUGUAGGUACGAAAACCCCGGCGUAUGGUUUCAAGGAGCGACUGCGUGGGGACAAUAUUGUAUUGGAUGAUUCAUUUGCUAGACUGUUGGAUCGAGCCAAUCCGUUUAGGAAGUCAACUGUUGGUGAGCUCCUGGAAUGAAGAACUUCUUAACUGGGGAUUUUCUGCUAUCUGUAGGUUAGUAUUUAAAGGCUUUUCAGUUCAUGUUAUAUCCAUGAUCAUUCAUUAUUUUGAUGAUUAUGAAUGAAGAUGGUUACCAGUUUAUGAUUAGUUUGCACUAAUCAACUGGGGGUUAAUAUAAUUAGCUUGUGAAUUGGGCUUGUUUGGUUUUGAUUUAAAAUUGGAAUUUUGGUUUGAGUUUUUGUUUAAACAGUGUUUAGUAUUUUGAUGUGAAGUUUUUGAGAAAUAUUAUAAGCAGAGCGGUGGUUAUUUGUAUUUGAAAGACAAACCAAACACACCUAAUUUAUUAUUAUUUUUUAAUUAAACAUGUAAUUAUUUUCUUAAAAAAAUGUUUUAAAAGUAUAUUAAUGCAUAUAAAAAUGGUUUAUAUGUGUGCUUUUGGAUGCUUCAAAUUUGAAUUUUUCUAGUAUAGAUACGGAUACACUUAGCUAGGUUUGCAGAUUGCAGUGUAUUUCUAUAUCGCAUUUCUUUCAAACAAGUAAACAACAUAUGCAAUUAAUUGAAAUUAUGUAUGGUUACUAUACAUACAUUCAUUCUAGGAAGAAAUAAAAGACUUCAAUAUAUACGAGUAGGACAAGACAUACUCAAACUUAGUUACAUAACCUCCUUUCUCUCUGAUGAGCUGUGAAUAUCGUUGUCAUGAACGAUCCCUUGAGCAUCGGUAGGUGUGCCUAUGGAUAUUGCCCACUCCUGAAAAUAAAUCAAAACCAAAUCAAGAAGCCGAACUCUUUUUUGUCCUUCCAAACAUGAAACUUUUAGAAUAUAAGUUUCCUAGUUUAUUCUUCUUGAGUAAAAUGUGCAUUCAUUUUCGAUUUUGGUAAAGAUCUCAACUGUGCAUUAGUUUUCAGUAAAAUGUGCAUAGAUAUUAUGUCUACCUCAUCAAACGUGUAUGAGACCCUGGAAUAGUGCCUCGAGUAACACUGCUGCGGCUGUUCCUUCGAAGCUGUUCUUUGUCAUUUCGCAGCGCAGCAACUUCCCUCUCCAUGGAAUUCACUUCCCUCCUCAUUUUCUUUGCCUCAACUUCGAUGGCCUUGUUCAAUGUUUCAACCUUUUUUGCCAGCAUCUACAUGAGAUUUCAUGCCAAAAGAAGUCAGAUAUAAUAUAUUAGGCCCUCUUUAUUAGUCACAUCCCGAUUAAAUCCUGUGACGAAGAAUAAAUUUAUUCACAUGACAUAAUUUAUGUGACUACUAGCUAUAGCAGAAGUGGUGUGCAUUGUAAUAAGAUAUCACAAAAAGUACCUCAAUGGCACCAUCUUUGUCCUUGAGGCUUUCGUCUUUCUCUUGGCAAGCUUUUUGCAACUUCAAAACCUCUUUCUGAAGCAUGUCGUACAGCACUCCCGACACGUAGUCUUCAUUUUCCUUUUUCGAUUUGUCCGUCAUAAAAUCACUGCCCGCAUUGUUGAUAGAUGAAGUUAUUGAUUUAAUUUGGAUCUCUUUCUUAUGCUUCUGUGAAGCUACAAUGUCCCUAUUCGAUAAUCUGCCAGUUCCAUUGAAUGUUACUGACAAGUUCCUUGUGUGCUUCAAAAGUGAGCUAGAAGUGUCCGUACGAGAUGAUGUCCAAGAUGAAGCUAAUACAUUUCUUGAUAUAAACUCAUCUGGCUCUCCAUGCGAACUUCUUCGUGAAGCACUGUUGCUCACGCUUCUUCUACCUUGUGAUAAAGAUUGAAGGGGACUUGUUUUAAGCCUUUCCUCCAAGACCUUGAAGCGCAACAGGUAUUUCUCCUAAACAAUCGAAGAAGGUAGGAUGAAAUGAAUUCGUGCUGAGAAAGAUCAUGCUGGGAAGAAGAAUAGUGAUUUGUUUUCCUACUUUUAACUUAGCUUCUGCUUUAGCAGCUCGCUCGACUAUCGCCAACUUGUCUUUGAGCUGUUGGAUUUCUCCCUG